AUGACUUUUUCCGAGUUCGCGGGACGGCUGCUGAAAGGGUCAGGUCACUUGCAAUCGCUGCCUGGCAAAGGUUCACCAGCCGACGCCCGUCCUUCCCUGGACGGAGUGAGCGCUUCCUUGUGUGUCACAUCACCUGGGUCGGAUAAGAAUCAGGCUGUUGGUUGCGGAGGCAUGGUCGGUAACACCUUUGGGGAACCCAGAGGACUUUCUGUCAAUGCGCCUUCCUGGGCCAAACCUCGUCCUUUGUCAGACAUCCGCGAAACGACCGAACCGAGCUUGGUGGACGCCAUAUCACGAAAACCUUUCUCUGACAAUUUUCAGCGGAGUACAUCUCGCACAGAGCUGUCGCGAAGGCCGUCCGUCGCGUCAAAGCGCCGUCCCAGCUUUGACACUCGUCAUGGAGAAAAUAAGGAACCAGAUAGAAAGAACAGCAUCGAAAGUGGUGGCGUUAGAUCCAUACAUAGAGGACGAUCUCCAAGAUCACUAUCACCACCAAGCCCCGCAGACAACAAUAGCAUCUCCAGUAUAUACAGCAUCCCGCCUGGGAGUGUGCCACCUCGCUCGUCCUCACGAAUCCGCGCACACAGUGUCUCUCGCACCAGACAGCCACCGCAGAUACCACCUAUACAAUUAACACAGCGAUUGCCCGUAACGACCUCCCUAAACGCCGUACCUACGAUACCACUUCCUCCUCUUAAAGGUGCAGGUCACACUAUUCCUCGACGCGGCCAAUCCCAGUCUCCUUUGCGCCAUGUCCCUGCGCGCCUAGAUCCUAUCUCGCAUGAUACCAACCGACACAUACCCUCCAGAACAUUCAUUCGCGAGCCGCUUUCGAAAGAGCUUUUAGAAUUUCCCUCCCACCGACAUCCUAGGAUCGACCUAGGUUUGGACUUAUCAGCAGGCAUAUUUGUGGGUGGAGGCUCUAUUGAGGGUACUGUUCAGAUUCAUGUCGACGACGCCGAGCGAAUCCGUCAUAGAAGGACUCUGGACAUUGCUCGGAUAUCUAUCGAUCUCCUUGGGAUAGAGGAGAUGAACGGAAACAGACGCUGUGUGUUUCUGAAUCUUGCUACAGAGCUUAUCGAUGAGGACAACCCACCGCCUCAGAAUAUGGUGGACACUCAGGAGCCGAUCGGUAUGGGAGAUCUGUUUUGGCACCUAAUGCCUUCUGUCACAAACCUGGCUUUCAACCUGAGCCUACCCCUGAAUGUCGGACCACCACCCUUCCAAUCUAAGAACGCAAGAAUACGAUACGUACUUUGUGUGUCGCUACUCAUUCGCGAUCAGGGAAGGCAGUAUAUCGUUAGAACCUCCGAAGACGUCACAGUUCUCUCCGUCUAUGAUCCUGAAAAGGCUCUCAUGUCUCUUCCAAGUCCCUUGACUGCUUCCGACGAAUGGAUUAAGCCUCGAGAAAACUCAGUUGAAGCCGUCCGAUUGACCGCCGGUCUGCAUCGCCAAGUCUGGGUCAGCGGAACAAGCAUCUACGUCGACGUCCACAUCGCCAACAACAGCCGCAAGAUGAUCAAAAAGAUCGAACUCCAAUUGGAAAGAGAUAUACUUUGCUACAAACACGCUGCUGCAUCCACAAUGGAGAAAUCUGCGGGCCAAGCUCGCAUAUUCGACAGCAACGAGCGAUCCAUUCUUAGCAAAUCACUGGUCAAGCAAGGCUCUGCUGGUUGGCAUGGAGUCCCCGCACACCAAACUCACACCCGUACUUGCGACCUGGAAGUUCCUCGUAGCCAUGCGACGGUCAAGUGUGGAAAAUACUUCGAAGUGCGAUAUUUUCUAAAUGUCAUUGUCGGCAGCGCCCACACGAAGUUGGUCACAGUUCAACUACCAGUUGUGCUCAUUCACAUGAAUUCGCUUGACGUAGUACCCAACUCCGUCGCUCAAGUCGCCAUGGCCAUCGAAGAGAAGCGUACAGCCCACACCUACCAACGCGGCUCCUCCCCACCCCGCCUCGGCCGUCGUCCCUCCCAGUCCGUCCAAGGCCGUGCUUUCGCCGCCCCGCGCAUGCAAUCUCUCGAGCGAAUGCGCGCCCGAGCCGAAGACAUACAAGAGUUAGGUCAAGUCCUGGACCAAAGCCCCCGCAAAUACGGCCUACGACGCAUGGAAUCGAACUGGGACUACCGCACCCCACCAUCCAACCGCAAGGGCCGAAUAGUAGGCGAUGGCGAAGCAGCAGAUCUGCUAAACCGCUUACGCAGAGUCCGCUCGAACGAGACCAUUGGCUCGAGACCCAACACGCUGAAUCGACACAAAUCUUCGAGGUCAACGCGCUGUGGCUCGGCGCUCGGAUUCAGAGAGGCGGAGGUCAGGGAGGAUAUGGAACUUGGUGGCUUGGGCUUGUCGGGUGAAGCGCCGUUCAAACAACGGCUCGAAAGAAGCCAUGAGCGACAGUACAGGUUCACGAAAAAACGAAGCGUCGAGAGAUGGAAGGGUGUGGCGAAUGUGGGUGUUGGGUGGUUAAAGGGGAACGGCGGAGCCAAAGACGAGCGGGAACGUGAUGGUUGGGUAUGA